AAACGUGACCUUUUCGCAAUGUUACAGUUAAAUAGAUUGGCGCGAAUCGCAAGUAGAAACAGUUGAGUUCGAACUGUGAGCAUAAGUUGAUCGUCGAUGCACGUAGAUGAAUUAUUAAAGAAGUAAAAAAACAAGGAAGUUACAUACGUUCAACGGUAAUCCACGCCCACGUCUCGAGUUCUCCCUAAGAAGAAAACAUUCCACGCUGAAGAAUUUGUCAAGUGGUUGUCGCGGUUACGUUUCGAACGUUUCAAAUAUUUUACCACCAGAGGACACUGCGCUUCUUAUCUGUUACCUGAAUUUGUACCUGCGUUUUCGACCAAUCGGACGUUCGACCCUGGGUCCUGCUGCCUUCCCCCUCCUCGACCUACUAUACCAGUCCCCAAGCAUAGAGCUACGUAGUUCAGAAAUUCCUGCACCGCAAGCGCGAAACGAUCAUCCAUUAUAGCGUUCCUAUUCUUCUUCUCGCGAUAUAUACGUGUGGUAAAAAAGUGUUAAUCUCUCUGGAAAACAAGGAAACAUCGUGGAAUCUUUCGAUUGAAACAAGCAGGGGAUACGAACCAAGAUGAAAAUCUCAGCAGCUUCGCUGCUGACCAUCGUCCUGUGCUUGUCCUUGUCCGCGACAAGGACUGGUGCAGCUUUGGAAUCAAACUCGAAUUUGCCCAAUGAACUUCUUCGAGAGAAUCAUCCUACGUCGAGCGAAUCGCCAGAUAAGAUUACAACGAUCGUUCCAAAUGUGGUCGACAAGAAAAUCCUAUUACCGAAAUACGCGAAAGAAUUUACAAAUUUGAAGGAUGUACUUCUUCAGGAGAUUCAUACCUUGGACGAGGAUGAAAAUGAUCGUCAACUUAAUGUCGUUCUCCAAAAUGCUUCGGAAAAGUUAAAAAAGGGAACAACUACGAUGAUGAAAAAGUCACCUCAAAUGUCGAUUAAAUUGUCGCCGUUCGGUUACAUCGGAAAAUUAAACGAGAAAAUGAAUAAUACGGAAACUAAAGAAGUCGAAGAUUUAGGAUACGAGGCAAGUUACUAUGGUCGGAAGCACGAUAAUGCUGCCAAUAAGAACGAGGAUAUUAAUAAAGCUGGAAAUGCAUUUGAAUAUGACGAAUAUAAUAUCGAGGAUGAUAUUGACGAUGAGGACGAUGACGACGAUGACGACGACGACGACGACGAGGACGGUGACAACGACGAGGACGUUGACAACGACGACGAAGAAAAUGUUAUGACUCAAUGUCCCGAUUAUUGCAAAUGCGUCGCACAAUACGUCUCUGCAUCAACCGCUACGUGCACAAAACUCGUGGAAGGACAAGUUUUUGCUCCUGGUACAGCCAGUUUACGAAUCGAAAAUGCCGGAGAGAUUCGUCUUGGUCCUUACGCAUUAAAAUCCCGAGGACUGCAACAACUGGAGAAUAUAAAGAUCACGGAUACUCGUAUCGUCGAUCUCGAUCGUACCGCAUUCGACGGUACUUCCGUACUUUUCGCCAUUAAUCUGACGAGAAACGCGCUUCAAGAAAUCCAUCCUCAAACCUUCCAAAAUAAUUCGCAGCUGAAUCACUUGACCAUCUCCGGUAAUCCCUUGAAACAUGGUCAAUACUUCAAAGGAGUGAAACAUUAUCUCUUUGACGCUCCUACCGUCACCGAGCUCGUAUUUUCUAACAACGGUUUAACCAAAUUGCCACGUACUGCAUUUCAAAAGAUGCAGAGCUUGGUCUAUAUCAAUUUAAGUGGAAACAGAUUUAAGGAAAUCGAGAGGACUCUCUUUGAUCCCUUGAACGCUUUGGUAGAUUUGGAUUUGUCCAAUAACUUGUUGAACGAAAUCCCGGCCGAUCUUUUCGAUAACAGCGAUUUGGAGGUUCUUCGUGUCUCUGGAAACAAUUUAUCGACUUUGGCUGUUAUAAAAGCUUCCGAAUUGAGAACGUUGGAUGCAGCUAGAAAUAAGAUUAAGGCUAUAGGGAAAGAUGACUUAUCCAACGUGUCACUUUUGGAACAACUAAUUGUUAGUUCGAAUGGAAUGAAGAGAAUACAUCAACACGCGUUCAUGAAUCUUGAACAAUUGACUUAUCUCGAUGUUAGCAACAACAAGUUGACUUCUUGGACCGAACAUCAUCUCAGGAAUAAUCCGAGAUUACAGAUUCUGUUAAUGAACAACAAUCCGGAAAUAAAAAUCUUGCCUCUUUUCAAGACUACUGGUCUUGAAUAUGAAACGUACAGCAUUUAUCGUUUCGAAUGCGCUUAUUGCGGUUUGGAAGACUUGGACGUUCAAACUUUCAACGAGAUGCCGGCUUUAAACAAAUUGAAUUUAUCUUUCAAUCGUCUUUCUAUUUUACCUUCCGGGUUUUUGAAGUUCCUCACUUCUCUUCGGGAAUUGGAUAUCUCUAAUAACAUGAUAGAAACGUUAGAAGAUAAUAUGUUCCACGGAGCUGUUACCUUGACCAAAAUCAACCUUUCUGGCAAUCCCUUGAUGUCUUUGCAAGUUACUCCAUUUUUGGCAACACCUUCGCUCACGAAACUCGACGUCAGCAAAUGCGAAUUGGAAAGAGUUUGGAGCGAAGCUAGAGUUCCUUUGAAGAGCCUCAGAUUCCUGUCGGUUCGUGCAAAUUUACUGCGACGAAUCACUUUGGAAGAACUCAAUGCAAUGCCGAAACUUUCAGCCUUGGAUUGGUCACAUAAUCCCUUGGACUGCGACAAAGAUUUUAACACAGCUAUUCAGUGGUUGACGAAUCAUGGCAUUACCCCUAUGGAAACGCGCACGCACAGUAUUUACGGCGAUAACAUGGAUUAUUCUGACGCGGAUGGCAUCACGCAAUGGAAAGAUCUAGCAAAGAGUGUUUGCGAUGGUGUCGAAGAUGGACCACCAUCUAGGAAGAUACCCGGUCCAGUAAACCCAGAGAUUAGCUCACAGGAACUACUCGGUGAUGUAGAGAACACGAAUACUCUUAUAAGUGGAGAUCGCGAAGAUGACGAGGAUAUUUUAAAACCGUUCGAUCAUUUUACGCAAUCGGACGAUGACGUUGAAAGAGCAUGGGAACAGAAUCAAUACACGGAAUACGGAGAUUACAUCGUUGAGUCAUCGAGUUAUCGACCAUGGUACAGCACUGCACUUUGGCCUAUAUUAACUAUCAUCGUGGUGACGUUAAUACUUCUUUUGUUGAUCGCUCAUGUGGCCAUCACCGUGGCGAAACGCCGUGGUCGCGGCCGUGGUCCGGUUAUCAGACCACCCAUGAUUCUUCGUCAAAGUCUCGUAGAUAAUAAAAAUUGUGGAUUGGUUUACAAGCCACUUCAAGAAGAAAUAGCAACUCCCCAUAUGCCUAAAAGGGGUAGCUUUUACUCGAGCAGUACUUUCCAUUACGACAAGAUCGUACCCGAGAGCGUUUAAAUUUAUUAAUGUUUCUAUUCAAAUAAAAAAGGACUAAUUUAAAGUUUAAUCGAUGAAAACGGGUGGAAUAAUACGAGCGAUAAGACGAACAUGAAAAAAAAAGAAAUAUGGGUGAUAUGUUUUUUUUUAUAAAUUUAUAAGCGUUUUUAUUAAGCACAUAAUAAGUAUUCUUCUACCGAUCAAAUUAAUUCCGUCGUUUAUAGAAGAAAAUAAAGAUGAAAAUAAUAUGGCGGUAUAAAGAACGAUUCGCGAAUCCUCAGUGCCUUUUAAGCAUUUGUGCUUUAAACAUUUUUUUAUUAUCCAGUAUGUACAAUCGUAAUUAUAAAGAGAAAUCGAUCAAUCCUGUAAAGGAAGGAUUAUUGAACGAACAGAUGUAUUUUUAGGAAACCGACAAUAUUUUGUCUUUCGAUAAACUAUCAUGGUUAUUAUCGAAUUAUUCGAUGGGAAAAAUAUAAGUACAAGAAAUGUUUGGGAAGCGUUUGAUGUUCAUGAUUAAUUAAUUAUUAUAUAUGUAUAUUUAAUUAAUAGCGCAUACUAAUUAUUUUUAAUGUACCCAGUUUAUCGCAUAAGAAAGAGAAAGAGAGAGAGAGAGAGAGAGAGAGAGAGAGAGAGAGAGAGAGAGAGAAAAUUAAUGCAAGCUCGAAUCCGAAAAGCUGUAACAGUAUAUCUUUUUUUGAAGCUUGCAGUUUGUUAAUCACUUUAACAAAAAUUAUUUGAUACAAAUCAUAAGAGAGAACAGCUAUCGUAGUACGAUAUUAAAACUAACAUCUAUUAGAACUAAAUGAGUAUACCUUAAUGCGCGCUACCAUAUUCUGUAAAUAAUAUAUAACGUUUUAAUAAAAAUUGAAAUAAAUUAAAAUCUAUUCCC